AUGAAGAACUAUUUGGCGUCUGCACAAACGCAUAGGUUUCAGAGCCGCCCUAUGCGACGAAGCGGUUGGCGAUCUUUAACGUUUUUUAUGAUGAUUCUUUUUAUAAUGAUGUUUUUGUGGCUUUUUUGGGUUACUUCUCGGGGUUUACCUUUGCAUAAUGAUGAUGUGAAGUUGAAGGUGAAUGUGGAGACAGUUUCUGUAGUGGAAGGUGGUAAAAAUGAUCUUUUAGCAGAGUCUGGUAUGGCUGAGGGUGAAGAUGUUCGGACUUCAUUGCGAGGUCUUGCAUGUCCACCGUAUGAUCCUGCAGCUUUAGAUAGAUUACAAAUUCCUCUUAAGCAUCUCCCACGCAAGAUACCAACGAGUGUUGCUAUGAAAUACAACAGAAGGGCUCACAAUUGCGUAUCAGAUGGUGUUUGGCAUCGUGUUCGUGCGGAAGAUCAUCGAGAUAUUCUUCAUGGUAUUGUUAAGUUAGGCCGUAUUCAAAAUAAUUCAUUCGUUUUUGAUUGGGGAAGUGGUUGUGGACACACUAUGCAGUUUUUGUAUGAUUUUUAUGGUGUAAGUAGUGUUGGAAUUGACGUGGCGAAUGCUACAAUAUUCUAUGCACGUAAACUUACAUCCCCUAAUCUUCUUCAUUGUGUAGCAGACGGAACAAAUAUUAGUUGGAUUCCAUCAAAUUUUUUUGAUCAUGCUAUUAGUUUUGGUGCUGUUCUUCAUGUCUACAACCAUACUUUGUUUUGUAAUGUGCUUCGACAGAUGGUUCGAGUGGUGAAGCCUUUGGGAACAGUAUAUAAUGGUUGGAGUGAGGAAGAUGAUUUCAGACGUGAAUAUGUGCCAUUAUGUUUUUCAGAUUUACCUGUGAAAUACGAAAUUGUAGAAGAAAAAGAUGCAUUUUCGCAUGUAAAGAUAUUUCCAUUAAAAGCGAGACAGUUCAUUCCUAACACGUAUUCUCUUGUUAUAACCAAAGGUACAGCAGAAGAAGUGAAAGGUAUUUCAGAUAAUGUGUACAAUGACGUGGAUGCUGUGCCAUUUCGAUGUAGAGGACCAAAGCAGAUGUUUUGUUUUUUAAAUAAAGAAUCAGAAAAUGAUGUUUCAGUUCAUCAUAUUUCUGGAGAAGAAUCUAUAGUUAAUGUUAAGUGGCCAACGUGUCCGCCGUAUGAUGCCUCAUUUGAAGAGCGUCAAAUACCAUUAAAACAUUUGCCACGCAAAAAACCUACAAGUGUUGCACAGAAGUAUGAUCGACGAGCAAAUAAUUGCAAGAAGGAUGGGAUAUGGCAUCGUGUAUCUAUUCAUGAUCAUGAAGCUAUUCUUCGUGUAAUAGCAGAAUUACUGAAGGUAAAAUCAGGUGAUCGUUUACUAGAUUGGGGAAGUGGUUGUGGACAUCAUUUGGAGUUUAUGAAUGUUUUCUUUGGUGCUGUUGGUCUUGGAAUUGAUAUUAGUAAUAAAACUGUAGAAUACGCUCGAGAAAUGACAACAAAGAAAAAUCAAUAUUGUGUAGCUGAUGGGACUCGUUUGGAGUGGCUGCCAUCUAAUUUCUUUGAUCACGCAUACAGUUUUGGCUCUAUUUAUCACGUCUAUAAUGAAACACUUUUCUGUAGCGUAUUGCAGCAGAUGGUACGAGUUGUAAAGGUUGGAGGUAAAGUUUACAAUGGAUGGACAGAAGAAUCUGAGUUUUCUCGAAAUAAUGUAUUACCGUGUCUUGGUAGUAUUUACAAUGAAAAUUGUUUCAAAAUAGAGAUAUUGGAAGAGAGAAAAACGUUUGAGCAUGUGAAAUAUUUUCCUCUUAAAGCUUAUCAAAAGGUUCCCAACACGUACUCUCUGCUUAUUCAUAAACUUUCAUCUUGUCAAGAUACAUCGAAAUAA